CCCAAUUAUGCACAUGCCCAAAUUGCACCUUAGAUGAUCCCCGGGAUCUUGGGAAUGGUAUAAAAGCUCUCCCAACUCAGGGCUCUUCACUUCGCCUUCCUCUCUUCAUUCACCUCCGUGAGAAAGUGUCUGCUGACCUCCCAUCCCUGCAAGAUGUCCUGCUACGACCUGUACCCCUCCUCUGCCUGCGGCGUCCUGCGGCCCCAGCCCCUGGCUGACAGCGGCAACGAGCCGUGCGUCCGCCAGUGCCCCGACUCCACCACCGUGAUCCAGCCUCCCGCCGUGGUGGUCACCUUCCCCGGGCCCAUCCUCAGCUCCUUCCCGCAGGAUUCCGUGGUGGGAUCGGCUGGAGCUCCCGUCCUUGCAGCCUCUGGGGCCUCCCUGGGCUACGGGGGCUACGGGUCCCUGGGCUACGGGGGAUUUGGAUCCCUGGGCUACGGGGGUUAUGGAUCCCUGGGCUAUGGGGGUUACGGAUAUGGGAGCUACGGGGGUUACGGAUCUGGUUAUGGGGGUCUCUAUGGAUAUGGGAGCUAUGGGGGUCUGGGCUCCUGUGGGGGGUACCGGGGUCUGUAUGGCUCUGGCAGAUCCUUUGGCUCUGGCUAUUGCAGCCCCUACUCCUCCUGGUACGGCCGCUACGGCCGCGGCUUCUGGGGGUCCUGCUAAACCCUACAGAAAACUCUCUGGGUGAUGUAGAAGGGCCAAGCAAAAUGCAGAUUAUUCUUCACUUUAAAUUUUUUCCCGAUACCUCCACGGGUUUGAUUCCUCAUUAUCUUCUUCUGCACCACCCCUGUGGCUG